AUGCUUACACCACCUAUUAUUCAGUCCAAGAUGUCUUCAGGAAAGCAGCUCGUUAAAGGCAAAAGUGGCUUGCGAAUGGUCGCUGUUUCUGAAAGUGAACGAUGUCCUUUCCUCCUGGAAGAGCCUCACUGGACAGAAGAUGCGCAGGUAUUUUUUUUUCUUGAUAUUUCUAUACCCUUCUUGCGGAUGGUCCUGUCAACGAUUUCCUCUCUUGAAUUCUAUAUCAUGUUGCAAAUCUCAGUACGUUUGGAAUACUUUUUUUUUUGCAGUUUCCGAAUUGUGUGAAGUGUAAUCGAAAAUUUGACUUCAGCCAUCGAAGGGUAAUGUUCAAUUUUUUAAAUCAACAGUUUUAAACUUCUAACUUGUUGAAGCUUAUUUUUAAGGUUGCUUGUUAUGUACCGUAAUGGGUCGUGAUUUUAGAUGUUUUCCGAAGGAAAGUGAUAUUAGCGUUCAAAGUGCCACAGUAAGUCUUCAAACUUGUUGUGUCUGAAUAAUACUUACUGCCUUUCGACUCAAUAAUAUUCUACAGGUUGAUGUUUAAUGAAGAAGUUUAUAAUUCACUGAAUUUCUCGAACCACAAAGUACUAAUUACUGCUUGUGAACAGUUAAGGCUCUAAAAAACAAUCUGCAAUGUUAAUGGACAUUUUUAAAUAGCUUUACAGAUAUUAAUUUAAUUAUUGUUUGACACAUUUUGGCAUUCUUCUCUGCAAGACAAAUCUUAUCAAGUGACUUGGAAAUGCCCAUCUAUGGGUGUUUUGCUCUGCCUAUACGUGUUUUGCUUCAUUUUGCAUUGUUAUCACUUUUUUGGGUAUUGUGGCACUUUACAUAGGCUAAAAUAGAGAUUUUGGCAGGUUACGUACUUGUUGGAGUACAUGAUUGUUCAGACUGUUUUGUCAUCAUUUUUUCAGUUUUAAUUUUCUCAAUUCCAUCUAAAGUGAUUAUGAUAGCAAUAGAUUUUCUGUAUUUGGUUAUAAAUAUAUGUUUUAGGCCCUCAUCAGAGUUAUUUUUAACCCUUGCCUAGUGACUCAGGCUGAAAUGACUCUUAAGUUGGACCCAAAACAUUUUUAUACCUAAAUAAAUACAGAAACUCCAUAACUAUCACUAUCAUGUAAGAGGAUCUUUAGAAAUUAAAAACUGAAAACAAUGUUUUACUCUUACUACUCAUGCAUGUUUGUGUCAUUGCUCUUGGGUGGAAAAUGAAAGACUGCUAUCGUAACCUAUCAGCUCAGCGAUCAAAAUUAAUAAUAAAACAGGUAGUGAACUUGGCCAUUGCAGGGUAUCGUGUCCUGUCAAUGUCACCCAGGUCAAUAAACUGAGCUGAGUGAUACUGACAUUUCAUGAUAUUUUGUUCAUUCUCCUCCAGGCCUAUAGUUGCUAACUGAUGGAAUAUUUUUCUGCUCAUACAUUGUAUUGCUUUCAUGCCGUUCCAUGAAAAAUUAUUGUUGAGUAAUUGUUGAUGGGUGGAAUAGUUUUCUCCUCAUGUUUAGUUACACUUCUUGCUGUUCCAUGAAAGAUGGUACAGUCCUUUCCUAUGCUGUCUAUAGUGUGAUCAUAUAUUUACCCUAAAGCUCUCAAGAGUUAUUAAGUAAAACAAUUAUUGAACUUGGCGAUUGCAGAAUAUUAUGUCCUGUUGAUGUCACCCAGGUCAAUUCAUUGAGCUGAGCGACACUAACAUAUCAUAAUAUAGUGCCUAUUCCUCUCCAAUAGUUGUUAAUUGAUAGAAUAGUUUUCUGCUCAAUAGUAUAGUUGUUUCCAUGUUCCUACACUUUCUAACGUGUGAUCAGAUUUUCACCCUGUCACUUCCAAGAGCUUGUUGUCACUUAGCCAUCGCAGAAUAUUGAUGUCACCCAGGUCAAUUAAUUGAGCUAAACAACACUGACUUAACAUGAUAUUUUCAAUUGUUAAAUCUGUCCAAUUGUUGUUACUUGAUGGUAUAAUUUUCAACUGAUGUAUUGAAGCUUCUUUCAUGAUCCAAUGAGUAAUUCUCAUUACUGACCAUUGUACAUUUCCCUGUAGAUUAGCCAGGAGAAUUUGAUCUUAAAUGAAGGUUUUGCUUUCUAGCUGUUAAGCUAGUCUAAUCUCAUAACCUGUUUGGAAGAUGAUAUAUUGGAAUGAAAAGGAGAAGUUAUGUGUCAAUCAUUUCAGGGGGUUGAAGGGUUUGAUCAGUCAUUAAGUUGAAAUUGAAAUAUUGUGUUUUUUCAUUGUCACCAGUGUCAACGAAUUGACCACAGGCAAAUUUUGAUAUUUUACUCAACCACAUAAAAUAUUUUUUCUAGUAGCAAAAUGAUAUCAGUGUAAUUGUUUAUAAAUCUAUAAUGUUUGUAACCAAGUGAAAGAAGAGAAAACACAUUUUAGAGAGAAUAUGAUUGUAUCAAUGCCUUGAGAGAGAAGUCUACUUAUCAAUAUCAGAGGUACUCUGGGCUUUUAAGGAAGCAGUUUAAGUGUAAAAUGUCACAAAAAAAAUAAUGUUUUUUUCUGUUGAAUUGCAUUACAGCACCAUUGCAGAAGAUGUGGAAAGAUUUUCUGUGGCAAGUGCUGCAACUAUAAUGUCAUGCUACCAAGGCUUAGUUUUGUUGACCCUGUCAGAGUCUGUGAGGAGUGUUCCCACAUUGCCAAACGUGAAGAGGAGUUUUUUGAAAGACAUUUGAAGACUCUGUGUAAUGGUAAGUAAGAAAACAUGACAGAGCUGAGAAUGCAUUUGGUGCAUGUGAUCUUAAUGUGUACGGUUAUUUUUACAUUACAGCCUUUAAUGGGAAAAAUGUGCAGUAGCAAUGAAUCACAAUUAUAGCAGCAGAAUUAAUGCAUCUUUUAAAUUAAGCUGGUGUCAGGGUAAUUUACCAUUAACACUAGAAUUGUGUAACAGUGUGAUUCUGGCAAGAUGCCUGCAAGACUGUCUGUAUCCUUUGCGUGACAACUACCUUCUAAGAUGUGGUGAUAAUUAUAACGAUAGCUGUGGUGCAAGCUCUCAACGUUUUUGAAGAGAAGAUACUCUCUAGGUAAAAUAAAAGAAAAUGCUGCUCCAACAAUCAUCUGAGCAAUUAAACUUUUCUCUGUAGGCUCAGGGAACAAUUGUUUAAGAAUAAUUAUUUGCAUAUGCCAUGGAAACAAACAGUGUUUUUACACACAACCUGAUUGGCUACUGGUAGUUCAGAAAUGAUUAGCAAGUACCAUUCACCUCCAAGCAGCCAAAGAGACAAAAGUGCAUAUCAAGGAUUUUACUUCUGGCCAUUUUUUUGGUAUAUUGAUAGAUUGAAAUAAACUAAUAAUUUUGGUUUCUGGGGUUUCUCAGAGCAGCCAAAGAGACAAAAUAGCAUAUCAAAAGUUUUAUUUCUGUUUUUUGGUUUCUUUGUGGUCCAUUUUAAAACAAGUGUUCUCAGUGUCAAUGAAAGGGGUGGAUAUUUACUUUGCAGCUUCAUAGCUUGGUAUGCUAAAAUCCACUGCUAGUCACCUCCAUUGCUGUGAGUAAUCGUUAAUUAAUUAGAGAUUUUACUUUGAAAUAAUGAAUCCUUCUGUGCUGAGUGCAAAGCUAUUCUUGGGCUUCCUAAACAAUAGAACUGUACCUAAGGUUAAAUCUGACUUUGCAGUUGUCACAUUAUGUCUUUCAACAGGGGCUUAUUUUAUUAUUGAUGAAUCAGAACCCUUAAGAUUCCUUUGCAAACUUGAACAUCAUUCACAAAGGUAGGGGAUUGACAGAACAAAUCUUAACAUGUAGCUUGUAAAAGGAAACUUGAUGAGAGUAACCUGCAAUCAGGUGUUCUCUUAUAAUGGAGGCUAGAGUGCAAAAAUUAAGCAACAAAACCAGAAGGGUCAGCAGAAGGGAAAGUGAAGAGGAAAAAAAUGCUUUCAUGCUUCUCCUAGAAAGUGAACAUCUGAGUGGGGCUGUUAAUCUUCCCAUUUGGCUUAAAGAUGUAAUGAUAAGUCUUCAAUUUAUUGGCAACCUGUGAACAAACAGCUUUUAGAUACCAGGCAUAUAUAUUUUUCAGGCCUGUAGUUACAGCAUAACUCCGGGACUAGACACAACAGGGCACAAAGUUUUUUACUUCAUCUUGGACAAAAAUAGAAAGACCCCAUACCCUCAGUUAUAUAAUCAGUGUAUUUACAUGUAUACAAAGUGAUCAAUUAAACAUUUCUUUGCAGUACCCCUCAGCAAUUACCCAUUGCAUCAAUGUCAGCUUGCUAAUCCUCAUUUUCUUUCAUCUUUUCCAUUUAAUCUUGUGAAAUUUGCUUUCACCAGAGAACUGCUUUUCGAGUGUUCUGAUCAAGAUAGAGCAGUCCAUGAGCCAGUGAUGUUGAUGAAAAUUGUUUCAGCUCAGCUUGUAGCUAGUGAAGGUAUAUGAUUUUAAUUAUCUAGUCAUCUAAUCUAAAAGUUCCUCCUUAAAGAAAAAAAUGAACAAUGGAAAAAGGAAAAACUAGAAUAAAAGAAAACGACACUUUCAAGAAAAUUUAUGCCAUUUUCUGGCUGCCUAUUAAACCUUUUACAACUUAACAUCAAUAUGCAUAUUCUCCACACUUUACUAGGGUUAUUAUCAACUGAAGGAGAAUUUGUCAAACAAUCAGGAACUUCUCUAGUUGGUGAUCAUUUCAGUUAUUCUCUUAACCCCAAUAUUUGAUUCAGAAGUGAUACUGUAAGAAGAAAUUAGAUGGCAUUCACUCGUAGGGGUAAACAGGUUAAGAAUGUUAAAAAAACAUAUAUUUCUGAGUGGUAAGCAAGGGCUAAAUGUGAACUAUAUUAUGAUCAGUAAGUUCUGUUCACUCAUUAUCUAAAGUGAGUACAGUGUUUUUUUUGUCCUUGGUUGUGGUGUUGAUCAGUGAAAAAGCAGUAUUAUUCUGUAGCAUUUUAUAAAACAACUGAAAUACUUUGCAAGCUCUGACUCAGCCUUCAGUGCUCACAAUCCUUAUCUAACCAGCCAUGUUUGAUUUGAAGUUAAGAGUGGAGGAUAGGGGUAGGGGGUAGGGGGCAGGGAAACUGCAAGAAUAGUAAUCGUUACCCCCCACCCCUCUUCUUAUUUUUGACCAUCGACUGCCUCCUUGGUACAAAUUUUAUUUCUUUCCUCAGCCUUUCACUGCCACUAAAAUCAAAGUGGGUGGCCAUAAGUUGGUUAAGACUGGGUAUGUGCUUGCCAAAAUUACGCCUGCUCUGUAGGUCUAACACCUAUCGUUUGUUACAUCUACAAGUUGAAAGCUAUUAUAUAAAGGAAGUUGCCUUCCCUUUCUAUUAAUUUACAAGAAUAAUAACUGACUUGGCAUUUUGACCAAACAUCAAUACAGUUUGUUAAUCAAGAGCUGAAGAUGAGUGAUUAGCAAUUUUCACAAGUGUUCCCACUUUGUUUGGAAUAAGUUACAAUUUUUUAUGGUUGAAAACUGAGGUAAACUGUUGUCCUUUUUGUGUGCAGACAACACUGGGGUCAGGGGUCUCAUUCUCAAGUACAAACGACAAGAUGAAAUGCAGGAAGUGAGACUCACAGUUGUGCAGUCACCUGAGGAACACAGAAAGCAAUCACUCACAUGGCUUGUUGCUAUGCAGAAAGUAAGUGCUUGAUAGUUAUACUCGUGACCUUUUUUAUAUCAAGUGCAUUUUUUAAUCAGAGUAUUGAUGUGGAUUACAAAAAGUUUAUGAGGGAUUUGCAUGAGUUGUUUGUAUAGUCUGUUGGCUGUUUUUUCAUAUUCUGGCAGCUAAUUACCUGUUUAACUGUAUUUUUUGAGUGACAGGAAGUUUUAAUACCCAAACUGGUAUGUGAAAUUGCAUUAAAUACUCCAUCUGUCUUUCCUGCUUGUUCUAGGCUAUUAAGAUGCUGUUUGAGGUUUGAAACAAGUUACUUAGUGGAAGAGAGAGCUGAAAAGAAAUAGAAUAUAAUUAACUGAUUUAUAGACCAUGAGAGUAACGAAGUAGAUGUACCCUUCACCAAAACAUGCAUUUUUGUCAAUGGGAAUCAGAAAUGAAUUUUUUGCAAGUUUUGUCUCAAAAGAAAUUUGAACAAAUACAUUGGUGCAUUCUACGUGUACAGGAAAUUUUCCCAUCCACGAUACAGAGGCUCACUGUAUGUUCAGUGGCUGGACAUUGCACUGUUUGUUGUUCAUCAGAAGCCAUAGAAUUGAAAGACAUUAAAAAUUUUGAAAGGGCUUUGGUGGUAAGGGUCAAUAAUUGAAAACAAAGUUUGGGAAUAUGGGCACAUUUUGGAGCAGUACUUGUUUACAGAAAUUUAAUGUUAGCGACUCCCAGGGAUAAAGAGAAGAAUGAGUAAAUUACCAAAGUAAUAUAUUGAGACAGCAAACAUAACCUUUGUUUUCGUAAGAAUCCGCCCAAUUUUUACAGAGGCACCACUGUAAAGUUGUAAUUUUUGUUUAGCAAUAGGUCUAGGAAAUUAGCUUAUUGUAAAAACUUGCAGAUAAGCCACACCCAAGUUUUUGAAAAUAAAGUGUUGACAGAAAAAAUGUCAACAAGAAAUUGAAAGAAAUUCAAAGUGGAGUCUUACUCUACAUUGGUUGGUUCAUGGAAUGCACCCAUGUGAAGUCGCUUGCACUGAAAAUGGAGAAUGCUCUUAGGGUUAGCAUUAGUAUCCAGUAUUAUUACCUUGUUUUUUCAAUCCUGUCACAUUUUCAAUAGAAUAUGUCCAUAAUUCUUUCCUGGGAGCAAAAACAUACUGUCUGAUUUUAACUAAGGGGAAGCAUAUCAUUCAGAGAUAGGUACAUUUUGAGGGGGGGAAGGGUGGUAUGCUUUUGGGGGUGCUCACUUUUGAGGGUUUUUUUUUUUGUAUCGGGCUAGUUAACAAGGUAGCAUUGAUUUAGUCAUCUCUAAUUUUUGGUUGGAAAGGAAUUGAUAACGGCAUUGCCUUUCAGAUAGAUUAGGGGGCUAAUUUUGAAAAGUAAUAAAUUUAUUUUGUAGUAAAAACGUUUGAUUACUUGAAAUAGGUUAAAUUUGCAUCCUUAAUGCACAAGCCAUUACUUGUGGUGACUGUCAUCAACCUUGAUAUUGAAUGAGUUACUUCUACAUGAGUUACGUGUAUCUAAAAAGUUUUUCAACAACCAAAUAAAGUCGCAGAGCUUAGUGAAUGUGAAUUUUGGUACAUGAAAACACCAGAUGCCUUAUAAUUGCUCCUUUAUAAAAAAAAAAUAUUUUCUGUAUCUGUAAGAAAUAACGCUUCCCAUUCAUAAAAGCCAAUGGCUUUCAAUUUAGGCACUGUCAUGUGGAGAGGCUUACCCUUGGAAAUUUGACGAGAAUGAAUUGUAAUUAAUUUCAAAAGUUAAAAGUUCACUUAGACUGUACAUAGACAAAUAGUAUAUAAUUAGAAUUGUGUCUUGGUUUUUAGUAAUAAAACAGUAUUUUAUGUAAGUUCAAGGUGAUUGUUUGUUUGUCUUUUUGUCGGAUGGGGGCGGAGGGUAGGGGGUAAUGCAUAAACGAAUGAGUUUCCAGCUGUCCAAUCGCUAUACAUUUCUUUCUGGCACCCCCCUAGCGAUCCUAAAAACCUUUGAACCGACACAGGGAUCCCACUACUGGGAACUCAUUGGAAAGAAAUUGGGAGCUUCUUAUGGAUCAGAUUUGCUCGAUUUGAAAAACACUUUUCUGACGUUUAAAGGUCGUGAUUUCAUGUCUACGAG